CACUUAAUAUAGUUUGUGCCCUGUUAUCUCAUUCAUAGCUCCCUGUUGGCUUCAAAGGUGUGAGCCCCAUUUCUUCCCAGAAGGCUUAACUAUUGAUAGAAUGAGGCCCAAAAGUUCUUUUUUUCUGCAAGAUGGCUCUAGUAGUGCUUCUUAGUUGUCUUUAACUUCAUUUGAAACAAUGAAAUAUCAAUGUGCAUUUAAAAAAAAACUUAUCAAAAUUGGUGAAUUUUUGUGUAGCCACUUUGAUAUUGAAGAUGGAAGACAAAAAGCAACACUUUUGGCAUAAUUAUGCUUUGUUAUUUCAAGAAAGGUAAAAAUGCCACUGAAACAUAAAAAAGGAUUUGUGCAGCGUAUGGAGAAGGUGCUGUGACCGAUUGAACUUGUCAAAAGUGGUUUGUGAAGUUUCGUGCUGGAGAUUUCUCGCUGAAUGAUGCUCCACGGUCAGAGGAAAAGAUGCUAGAACCACAGGAGAAUGGCUUGAUUGACCUACCAGAUUAUGAGCAUAUAGAAGAUGAAACUUUUCCUCCAUUCCCACCUCCAGCCUCUCCAGAGAGAGAAGAUGGUGAAGGAGCUGAACCUGAAGAAGAGUUAGGGAGAGGAGCACCUGUUCCUGUACCUCCAAAGAGAACAGUUAAAAGGAAUAUACCAAAGCUGAAUGCUGAGAGAUUAAUUUCAGAGAGAGGGCUUCCAGCAUUAAGGCAUGUGUUUGAUAAGGCAAAAUUCAAAGGUAAAGGUCAUGAGGCUGAGGACUUGAAGACACUAAUCAGACACAUGGAGCACUGGGCGCAUAGGCUAUUCCCUAAACUGCAAUUUGAAGAUUUUAUUGACAGAGUUGAAUAUCUGGGAAAUAAAAAGGAAGUUCAGACCUGUUUAAAACGAAUUCGACUUGAUCUCCCUAUUUUACAUGAAGAUUUUGUUAACAAUAAUGAUGAAGUAGGGGAAAAUAAUGGCCAUGAUGUAACUGCUACCGAGUUAGAUCCCUUUCUGACAAACUCAUCUGAAAGUGCAAAGUUUGCUUCUGAGUCAAGUAGAAGCCUAACAGAAGAACAACAACAAAGAAUUGAGAGAAAUAAACAACUGGCCUUGGAAAGAAGACAGGCAAAGCUACUGAGUAGUAGUCAGUCCCUAGGAAAUGACUUGUUAAUGAACACACCCAGUACACAGACACCUGAAGAGGGUAGUACAGGUGAGGAGCAAAAGGAGGAAGAAUCAAAUGGAUUUAACAAAGACCUUCUAGACAAUCCACAUAAUGAUGCUGCUGCCAAUACUGUAAAUGAAGAGGAGGAAUUAAAAAUAGAGAAAAUGCAACUGGACCAGUCCUUUUAAAAGACAUAAUAGUAAGUUAAAGCUUCAUCUUGAAAUGUUACUGAGGUUGGAUAGGCCUCAAAUGAGAAAAUCUAUUAACUUGCUAUCUUCCAAAUUUGAGAUGACUAUGCAUUUUGCCUACUUUGAGUGAAAAUCCUUAUAUAGUGAAACUUUUAUAGAUUCCUGUUUAAAAUCUGGUAUUAUCUAUACUUGUUUCUUAUCCACUUUCGUUGUCUAUUUAUUCUCCUUAGUGUUUAUUUUUAUAUGGGUAUGACCUUGUAAAAAUGAUUGGUAAUUAAUAAGUAGCUUCAACUGCUAGUGUGCCAUUGAAUGCCCUGUUUUUACUAAAUUGGGUGGUGUUUUAAGAUGUAAAUAUGUAAUAAAUGCUAAUGUUCUUUUUUUUUUUUUUUUAAAUAAUAAGCUCACAAACUAUCCCUAGAGGCUUUAUAAAAGUUUCUCAUUGCUAUUUAGUUCUACACUUUACACUUUUGGUAAAAUGUUCACAGUUGUUAUAUGUGUUUACAUGUCUUUUGAGGAGUCACUUUAAUACUUAAAGGGUCACGUGAAAAGCUGAUACAUUGCCUGGCCUGCAUAGGUGCUGGGGAAGUUCACAUGCUCCUUGGUACCUUACUGACUAGUUAGUUGGAGAGAAACUUGCAAAGUAUAAUGGGGAACACAGAGCACGUAGGGAGGAUUCGGUGGAGAUGCCAAGGAUUGGGAAGAACAUGUACAAUAAUAUAGAAAUGAAAAUCUAGGAAAUGAGAGCUUUGGGAAUGGUGAAUGUGAGGCUGAAGUGUUAGGGCCACGUGGUGGGAGGACCUAAUUGGAGUUUUUCCUGCCUGAGUUUAUCAACUUGGUGGAAGGGUAGUUGCAGAUAGAAAGUACCACGUUGAGAAUCAAGUUUAGAGGUUGGUCUGGUUCUCGGCAGGAGAUUCCCAUGGGGGAGAGGGAAAGGCAAAGCUAGUUUUUACAAGCUAGGACAUGGGAAGGUUGCUUUUUUGGGGGAAGACUGGCAGAGUGAUGGUGCUAAGUAACAAGUCUCCAGCAAGGGCAAGUCCAAUGCAACUCAUCAUCCAAGGAGAGGGUGGGAAUGGAGGUUUGAGAGAACAGACCUUACCCUGUGCACCCCACCCGGCUCCCUAAGCCCUAUCCCCAAUUGGUGCUGGGGACAGCAGGGGUGACUGAGUCAAAUACGAAAUAGGGAGUUUUAAAGUGGAUACGUGGACAGGAUGGAGCUUAUUAUCUGAAGGUGACUGAAAAGUUAAUCUGGCAGAUGUCAGAGGGGCCUAUGACCCAAAUGUAGCAAUUACUGGAAAAAUUAAUACUAUAAAAGAAUGGAUUUGAGACAAGCUAACCAAAAGUCAAUUCUGGGUUUAUUAGCAAGACCAGCAACAUGAUUUGCAGAGCCAGGAUUCAGUAUCUACUUAUCUCUGAAAAACCACUUUCCAUAGUGACCUAACUGUACUUUAUUUCAUGCAACUUAAAUUAAUGAUAAGAAAACAUUUCACAAAUAUCUGAAAUAUCUACCCAAUCCCACUCAGGGAUUGGGUGACAUGGGGUGAUGCAGAAAAUUACAUCUUAAUGUUUAAAAGAAGGUAAAACAUUCACGUAAGACAAAGGUCUUUUAAUGAAGUAAGAAGAGUUUCAUAUUCCAUAACUGUUGGAAACAUCCAGGAGAGCCAGGUCUCUUAUUUCCUCUAGAAGUGUGUACAGGCUUCUUCCCUUUGUCUGGCAAUAUUUUUGAUAAUCUUUCUCGAUGACAUUUACUUUGACUUCUUGAGCAAGCUGAGCUUCCUCCAUUGAUCUAGUUACUUCUUUCACUAAAUCACUCUUUAGCAAGAGGGAACUCUGCUGAAAAAGUUCUGUAUCUGGCAUCAUGUAUGGUUUGUUGCUUAUUAUUUCAAGCCUUACUGUAUCAGAAUGGCAACGUGAGGCCUGUAUAGAUAUUCUCACCUGUCAUAGAGGAGAAAAUGCAUAUUACUAAAUCACAGUCUUUGUUCUUUGCAGUGAAAGCAAUACUUAACAUAAAUACAGACUUACUGUUACGUGGUCAAACAAAUGGAACGUAACAGAUUCCCCUCCUGUCGUGGUAGAGGUGAUUUUGUUUUGAAAUCGUUGAAGGGAUCCUGGUUUCCAUUCAGAAUGGCCAUCUGGGCUGCAUGAGAUCACCAAACCAUCUUUAUUUUUUAGAUAAGCAGCACCUUUAAUCCCAAACCUGAAUCAUUGUCAGAAUAAAAAUCCAGAGAUAAUAUAUUCUUAGUAUGCAGAUUUUGUAUACUUAUCUAGAAUGCUAGUUUUUCUUACAGAUUAAAAACAACUUUUCCAAAAAAAAAAGAACUUUUCAUCUGAUUUACCUCCAAAUACCUAUUUCACUGAGCAGAUGGAAACAAAAUGUUUGGCUAAAUAACAAAGUAAAACUCUAAGACUGAUACAGAUGUAUUAGAUUCUAAUAUCCAUUUAUACUUACAUAAUGAAGUAUGUAUUACAUUAUGUACAUAUGAUAACUACAAAACAGUUGCUAAAAUAAAUGCUUUAAUAAAUUACAUCUAAUGUA